GUUGAGAAUCCGCCCCCUGGGUGGUCCGGAAACGAUUCUGGACCCGCGGGCAUAUCCAGGGCCCGCACUCCCUGGGAUUGUGGGAAAUGUAGUUUUUUGCCUCCGUAAAGGACUAGGCGGAACUGAGGAACAGCGCGAGGACUGGGGCCGUGAUUCCUCUAACCGGAAACCGUAGCCUUUCGGCCCGGCGUGGCCUGAGCCAAUGCAGAAUCGGGGGCCGCGAGGACACCAGGGGGCGCUGUGCGUAGGAACCGCCGGGUGGCCGCUGCAGAUCGGGGCCGACUUGGAGACGGACCGGAAGUGCCCGAGGGCGGCCGCGGAACGGUCAAUUUGAGCUGCGCCGAGGUCGGGCCUGGGAAGGGUCAGCGGGAGGUCUGAGGGUGCCGGGAGCUGCGGCAGGCGGUUCCGGGGUCCUGCCGAGAGGGUCCCGGCGCCAGGCAGCGCGAUCUGCGUGGGGGUGAAGCCGGGGAGGGGGCCGGCCUCCCCGUUCUGGGACCUUUCGGUGCGUCCGAGCGCGACACCGCCCGCGUCGGGGGCUUGGGAACCUCGGGGCGCGAGCUGUGUUGGAAGCAAAAUCCUCCUUGUGGGUUGGGGUGGCGGAGGGAGAAAGGAAGCGGCGGUCGCGGCGGGACCAGACGCCCCAGUCCCGGCCCGCCCGCGACUGCUGAAGGCGCUGCGGCCUGACCUGAACGGGCACCUGUGUUCCAGCUCCUCUGGGACCUGGGGCCGCCGCCCACAGACCAUGCUCCUGGGGCGCCUGACUUCCCAGCUGUUGCGGGCCGUUCCCUGGGCAGGCGGCCGCCCGCCCUGGCCCGUCUCUGGAGUGCUUGGCAGCCGGGUCUGCGGGCCCCUUUACAGCACACCGCCGGCCGGCCCAGGUAGGGCGGCCUCUCUCCCUCGCAAGGGGGCCCAGCUGGAGCUGGAGGAGAUGCUGGUCCCCAGGAAGAUGUCCGUCAGCCCCCUGGAGAGCUGGCUCACGGCCCGCUGCUUCCUGCCCAGACUGGAUACCGGGACCGCAGGAACUGUGGCUCCACCCCAAUCCUACCAGUGUCCGCCCAGCCAGAUAGGGGAAGGGGCCGAGCAUCGGGAUGAAGGCGUCGGGGAUGCGCCUCAAAUUCAGUGCAGAAACGUGCUGAAGAUCCGCCGGCGGAAGAUGAACCGCCACAAGUACCAGAAGCUGGUGAAGACGACGCGGUUCCUGCGGAGGAAGGUCCGGGAAGCACGCCUGAGAUGCAAGCAGAUCAAGUUCGAGAAAGACCUGAGGCGCAUCUGGCGGAAGGCAGGGCUGAAGGAAGCCCCCGAAGGCUGGCAGACACCCAAGAUCUACCUGCGGGGCAAAUGAGUCUGGCGCCGCCCUUCCCGCCUGUUGCUGCUGUGAUCCCUAGUAAUAAAUUCUCAGAGAACUCA